AUGGGUGUAAACAGGCGGGGAGAGCAUCCUGCUGAGAUCACUGUUAUAAAGAUGGCAGUUAUUUUACAAGGAGGGAGAGUGAAGAACGUGAAUGAGAUUGAAGACACCUCAGAGUCAAACAGGAAGAUACUGAUGGAAACACCAGUGUGGAAAGAGUUUCAGUCGAAACGAAACCUUGAGGUCCACAUGAGAGUUCACACUGGAGAGAAGCCUUUCACCUGUGAGCAGUGUGGGAAAGGUUUCACUCAAGCUCAAAGCCUCAAAGGCCACAUGAGGAUUCACACUGGAGAAAUCUCUUUCACAUGCCAAGAGUGUGGAAAGAGUUUCAAUCAGAAAGGAAACCUUGAAGUCCACAUGAGAAUUCACUCUGGAGAAAAGCCUUAUACUUGCUCUCAGUGUGGACAGAGUUUUACACACCAUCACACCCUUAGUUCCCACAUGAGAAUGCACUCUGGGUGA